CUUUUAAGGAAAGUGGUUCUCACAGCUGCAGUUCGCCACUGCACGGACGCGCGCACACACAACGCGCGCGCGCACACGCACGCGCUUCCUCUACAACUGGACGGACCGAUCGCAGCUCCCUUUCUCCUCGCCAUUCAUCUCGUGUCCGUUUCCGCGUGCGUCCACCGUCCGUGCCGGUGCGCUCUCGCCGGAACAUCGUCACUAGCAGCCCGGACGUCGCUGCCACCGCCACCGCCGCGUCGCUCUGAGUUGGGAAUUUUGUGGACGCAACCAUGACCGAAGUGGCACACAAGGCAGAGCGGAUCCUGGCGUCGACGGGGAAGCCGGUGCAGAGGACGUACGUCCCGCGGCUGUCGACGGGCGACGACGGCGAGGGCGACGUGGUGAGCCGCUUCGAGCAGAACCGGCAGGUGAGGGAGGACCGCUCGCGGCGCCGCUGCAACGACGAGCGGCAGAAGCGCAACGAGCAGUUCCGUCGUGAGAAGGAGCUCAACCGGCGCAAGCAGGAGCUGAAGCAGUUGCUCGCGUCCGAUGACGAGGAGGAGGCCAAGCCGGCGCAGGUGAAGAAGACGUUCGUUCCCAAGCUGUCCGGCACGGUGAAGGGGAAGUUCGCCGAGAUGGAGAAGGCGCGCGCCGAGGACGAGCGCAAGCGUGCCGAGGAGGAGCGGCGGCGGCGCCACGAGCAGGACCAGAUGGAGAAGAAGAAGAUGCAGAAGGAGCUCGCCAAGAAGCUCGCCGAGGAGCAGGGCGGCGGCAGCGGCGUUGGUGCCGAUGCCGACUCGGCGGCACCGGUGGCGGCGGCUGAAGUGAACAAGACGCCGGGCAAGCUGAGCGUCAACUUCGAGAGCCUGAAGCGCGCCGAGGACGAGGAGGCGCUGCGCAGGAAGGAGGAGGAGAAGAAGCUGCGCUACGAGGAGAACCGCCGCUCGUUCCGCGAGUCGAAGCGCCGCUCGUACCUGGCCAUGGACGAGGAGGAGGAGGAGGCGACCGCGAGGGCGCAAGCGGAGAAGACGGCGCUGGCGGUGCCGGGCAAGCUGCAGCUGAGCUUCGAGGAGCUGGAGCGCCAGCGCCGUGAGGAGGAGCGGCGGCGCACCGAGGAGGAGGCGCGCCGGCGGCUCGACGAGGAGCGGCGAGCGUACCUGGAGGCCAGGAAGCACGAGGGAGAAGGAGGCGACAGCUUCAUCGACGACGACGGUGACGAGGUGGAGAGCGUCUCGUCGGAGGCCUCGUCGGAGCUCCGGCCGGGCAAGCUGCGGCUGAGCUUCGAGGAGGUGGAACGACAUCGCCAGCAGGAGGAGCGGCGGAGGCUGGAGGAGGCUCGCGAGCGGCUGGAAGAGGAGAAGCGCGCCCUCCUGGAGGCACGCCGAAGCAUGGCGAUGCAGUGCGAGGGAGAGGAUCGCGACGGGAGCGCGUCGCCCGCGGGGAGCGCCAGCGACGAGGCGCUGCCCGGCAAGCUGAAGCUGAGCUUCGAGGAGCUCGAGCGACGGCGCCAGGAGGAGGAGACGCGGAAGGCCGAGGAGGAGGCGCGCCGCCGCCUGGACGAGGAGAAGAGGAGCUUCGUCGAGGCUCGGCGCAGCAUGGCGCUGGACGACGAGGACGCCCAGGAGCUGCGGCGUGGCACGAGCGGCUCCAGCGACUCGCUGGGGCCCGGGCGGCUGGAGAUCAACUUCGAGGAGCUGCUGCGGCUCAAGCAGGAGGAGGAGGCGCGGCAGCACGACGAGGAUCGCCGCGUCAAGCUGGAGGAGGAGAAGAGGGCCAUGGAAGAGGAGAAGCAGCACAUGGAGCCGGACGAGGUGAACGAGAGCUCGGAGACGGUGAGCAAGGAGUACGAGGAGAUCAAGACCCUCAAGAGGACGGGCACCAUCAAGGCCAAGAGCCUCAAGUCCAAGUUCGAGCAGAUGGAGCAGCUCUCGGGCGAGGAGAUCCGGCGCAAGAUCGCUGAGGAGCGCGCACGUCGGCAGGCCCUGGAGCAGGAGCGGCAUGACCUGGAGGCGCAGGACUUCACGCUGGAGGAGGAGGUGUCUCACCCAGUGCGGACGGUGGAGGCGCCGUGCGCACGCCGCGCCGACAUGAAGGCUCGCUUCGCCGAGAUGGCGCUGGCGCGGGAGGAGGAGGCUCGCCGCAGGGUGGACGAGCAGAAGAUGCAGCGCAUGCGCUUCGAGCAGCAGGAGAUCGACGCGGCGUCACUGUCGCCGAAAGAAGGCGAGGAGGAGGACGGGACCCCGAAUGGAAUGGGCCUCAACGGGCCGGUGGUCAACGACGACGACGAGCUGACGCGCUCCGGGGCCCCCUGGUUCAAGCGACCCCUCAAGAACACACAGGUGGUCGACGGCGAGCCGGUGCGGUUCCUGGUGCGGAUCGUGGGCUCGCCGCGCCCCGAGGUGACGUGGUGGUUCGAGGGCGAGCCGCUCGAGGACGGCGAGGAGUACCAGUACGUGGUGCGCGGCGAGGACACCUACUGCCUCUACCUGCCCGAGACCUUCCCGGACGACGAGGGGGAGUACAUGUGCAAGGCCGUGAGCCCCAAGGGCUCCGCAGCCAGCACCUGCAUCCUCACGAUCGAGACGGACGAUUACUAGAAGCAUCGGGCAUCCCCUGUGUCUUCCGGGGGACGGGUCUCGGCCUAGCUGUACAUAAAACACUCGUCCACGAUUCACAUCGCACGACGCCCCCUCUCUCGCAUUUCCCCGUUUCUUUUUUUCGCCAUUGAUGUUGUUGUUUUUUUUGAGUCGGAUAUCGGCGAUUUCAUGACCAUAACCUGCUUCCUGUGCUCAUGACGGGCGUGCGAGUUGCUAGAAAGCACCGCUAUUUUCCACCUCUUAGUUAAUUGGACUUUGCGUGAUAUUUUUAAGUGAGUGAACAUUGACGGCGGAGAUGAUGAUGAUGAUGACGAUGACGACGCAAGGCCCGGUUUGAUUUUGUUUUUGUCCAUUCGCGCCGAAUAUAGUUGCCACCCUCAUCGGGGGUAGGAGCCAGCGGUAACAGGCUGGCAGUUGGCACCCGUGGCAAGCAAUUGAUGCCCUCUAACCGAGAUCUGGUACCGGUGUUGCCGUGCUGAACUUUUCUGCGGUGUGCGUGCUGGGCGCACUGCUUUUAUAGAUCGAGCGCUGACUGCGAAAUUGCGUUCGGGGUUUGGUCCGCAGCGGGAAAAAGUCGGCCAAAUGUGCACCGCUCGCUCGCUCAUAUAUUCACCCACUCAUUCACCUCCCCCACCCCUCAUCGAGUCACUCGUUGCAUUUGCCGAAGUCACUCAGUACCCCUCACCCACUCACCCAUCCACGAGGGUGGUGCUUCUGAACCUUUACUGCAACCCUUGGGUUCUCAGUCGUAAAAAAAAAAUGUACAAUGUUAAUAAAUACAUAGGGGUUUGAUGAAACGAAACAAGUUGUCACUUACGUUUCCCGUGCUUAAUUUGUGUUUUCGAUUAUUUACCUUAUAAAAAAAAUCUGGCCACGUCUCGCUACCCCCUGAAAGGGCAUCUCUCGCACCACCUGGGGCUGCUUGCAUCCCCAGGUUAAGGAGAACCACUGCGCUAGGGAUUGCCACCUGCCCAGAUUUGACCCGGACGCUCCGAGGUUUGGCAACUCUUGACCGCAUUAUUGCUUUGAGCUUUAGUGCAGUGGAACCGCACGCUCUCCGUAAUGGACCGAGUGCCGACGGAGAAAUCUGUCCAGGGUUUGAGUCUCCGGCGCAAUGAGGUGGCCGUGACCCUCAGCCCGUUCCGCACCUGGGCAAUCGUUAGAAUAUUUAUAUAUAUACCGGAGGAAUCCGAUGAGGAGUCAGAACCUUUUUAACAACAACAAACAAUACAAAAACACGCGCAUCGCGCGCGAUCUCUUUAAUCUCCAACCGUCGCCCUCAACCUGCCGCUUUGUCCCACAUCCGAGGGAGUGGCUGCGCGCGACUUGCAACCUGACAACACUCGCGGCCGGUUGCGUGCGACCGGUUGCGUGCGACCGGUUGCGUGCGACCGGUUGCGUGCGACCGGUUGCGCGCGACCGGUUGCACGCGACCGGUUGCGUGCGACCGAGCUGUACAACUUAACCGGUCGCCCCGGUGCCGACGAGCCGGAAGGAAGGACCUGCCGGUGUUGCGCUCUCUCGAUGCUCCAGAGGCGGAUCUGGGGGGCGGGGGGGGGGGCGCGGUCUCCAAAUGUCCAGAUUUUGUUAAAGGGCACCCCCACUAUAUUAUAAUAAAAAAAACGCGAUGUUUUUUUUUCUCCGGUAAAUAUAAAUAAAAUACCAAUUUCCCUGGGUUUUCAAACAGAGGUGAUCGCCCCCCCCCCCCACUUCCCUCCACCCCUAUGUGUAUCCGCAGCUGCGUUAGCCUCUCACGUGACUGUCAACAUUCGAUGUCGUGGUCGUGCUUCGUGUCGUCGCAGCGUUGCGCUCCUGAACCUCCUGCACGGUAUCCAUGCCGCAGCCUGCACCCCCCCUACCCCCAGCCCCCAGCCCCCGUGAAAACGUUUGAAGGCAGCCAGUCUAGAACGCUUCUGCUCAAUCAAGACGGCUGGACGUCUUCGGCAUCUAAACAAAAGUACGCGCGUGACGUUCGGAGGCAAAAAAAAA